AUGUCAAAUCUUACCAAGCUUGAAUUUGUGGCACUUGAUAUCUCGGGCAAAAACUACUUGUCAUGGAUCCUUGAUGCCGAGAUCCACUUGGAUGUCAUGAAUCUCGGUGAAACAAUUAAGGAAGAAAAUAAUGCGUCCCUGCAGGAUCGCGCGAAAACCAUGAUCUUUCUUCACCAUCACCUCAAUGAGGAAUUAAAAACAGAGUAUUUCACGGAUUUUAAAAGUCAGCAAUAUAAAGAGCGCAGAUUUACCAAAUAUUCUGAGCUGAUUUCUUGUUUGUUGGUGGCUGAACAGAAUAAUGAGCUUUUGAUGCAAAACCACCAGUCCCGUCCCACUGGAUCUGUACCAUUCCUAGAAGCGAAUGUGUCAUCAUUUCACGGCCAUGGACGUGGACGUGGACACGGACGUCGUGGUGGUCAUGGAUACGGUUGCAAUAGAAAUAAUCGUGGUGGUCAUAAUUCCUCAUUGGUUCCCAGAAAGAACUCCACACCGUCCCACCAGAAGUGGAAUUCAAAUGCGACCAAGCAGGCAAAAGAAAAAGCUUUACAGAACAAAGCUCCUGAGAUAUAUAAUGACAAGCCUUGCUAUAGGUGUGGAAUGAAAGGUCAUUGGUCGCGUACCUAUCGUAUGCCCAAACAUCUAGCUGAUCUUUAUUGUGCCUCAAUGAAUGAUAAGGAAGAAUGA